UUUUGGGCGGAUUUUGGGGGUUUUUGGUUCUGUUUGAAAUUCUGGGGGGAUUUUUGGGGUCCCUGUGCACCCCCCAAAUUGAGGAGGGGAUUUUGGGGUGCCCCCACCCCCCAGAUCCUGGAGGACACCCGGGCCCUGCAGAAGGAGAUCAACGCCCUGGUGGGGAAACUGGAGAGAACCUUCAGCGUCACCGACGAGCUGCUCUUCAGGGACGCCAAGCGUGACGAGGUGGUCAGGAAAGCCUACAAGUACCUGGCGGCUCUGCACGAGAACUGCGCGCAGCUGAUCCGAACCAUCGAGGACACCGGGACCAUCCAGAGGGAGAUCCGGGACCUGGAGGAGCAGAUCGAGGUGGAGAGCAGCUCCAAGCUCCCGGCAGCCUGGAGCGGAUCCUCAGCGACUGCCGAGCGCUGCGGGAGGAGAACGCGCAGCUGGCGGCCCGGGUGCGCCACGCCUGACCCCAAAAACCACCCCAAAACCUCCCCAAAAUCACCCCAAAAUCACCCAAAAACCGCCCCCAAAAUCACCCCUAAAACCGCCCCAAAACCUCCCCAAAAUCACCCUCACCCCUAA